UUCUGACAUAAUGCCUGACAAAGCAUAGAAGAUAUUUGCUGAUUUCCUUUGAAUCUGCACAAGAGCAAUAGAGCUAUAUUUUUAGCACAGCACAGGGAUUUUCCUUCUGCUUCUCUGUCCACCUUUAUGUAAUUGUGUGCAAAAGGGUACACGUGCCAUUUCACAUCCACUACAUUGGGGGUCCCCAACCCACGGUCCGUGGAUAACAAGCGGCAUGCCAGCAACUAGGUUGCAGAAACAAGCAAAAUUAAAACCCCAUCCGUGAGAUGCAGGCAGCACCAUGCCCCUCUGGUCCACGGAAGAACCUCUUUCCACAGAACCGGUUUCAAGUGCCCAAAGGUUUGGGAACGACUGCACUACAGAGUGAUGGAACAAAUCAGUAGCUGGUAAAUUAAAAUGGUUCAGAGCAAGUCGAAAUUGUGCUAUAGUUCAACUGACAGCACAAUAAGUACUUUGACCCUAUGUCCUUGCUGCUUCAAGGCAAGAUAGCAUAACAUAAUAGUGAGAUGAUAUGACUAGCCCCACACCUCCCAAUUGCUUUUUGAACAAAAUGUAGAGGUACCUGGGAAGUUGGCAUUUGUUGCCAAAUUCUAAAUAAAAUGAUGCCUGUGACCCACUGUCGUUGUGAUGCCAAUCAUUUUUUUAAAAAUUCAAUUCAGAACAAAGUGUAAGAGGAGCGGCAUGAGAAGAAGCAUAAUGAUGAUGCACACAAUUUACAGUCAGGCUCGCUCUGUUCCUAGUGCAGGACUGUGAUUAUUGGUGACAUGCUUAGAGGAACAGUAAAACGAGUAAUCAACCAAUCAUUUUGCUUAUCAUGUGUUACACAUGUAUAAUCAGAACAGGAGUAUUUCAACAGUAAGCCAGAACAGCAGGCAAGCUUAAGAGUCUGCAGUGGAGGCAGUGAGUUUUAUAAGUUGAGUUUCCUGCACACCCAAUGGAUAUCCAUCAGAAGGGAAAGAUCCAUAAAAGUGACUAAUAACUCCCGUCCCUCACAAAUUUAAUUAGUCCUUUCUUAAAACCAUUUCUGAAAUGGGUGACACCAUGGGUGAUGUUGGCAAACUCACUUAACUUUAUGUUCAUCAAUAAGUACUUCUUUUUACCAAUUCUUAAUCUUUUCUUAGUUUUACCAGGCAACCUGAAUUCUAGUGUUGUAAGAAAUGGACACUUUUUACCAUGCAAGAUUUACAAAUUGCUGUCAUGUGACCUCUUUCCUUUCUUUGCACAAAUCUUAUUACUUUGAUUCUACUGCAAACAGAUGCUUAAGAAGAAUCCAUAUCCAGGAUAAGAUUGAAUUAAUAUUCUCCUUCUCCCAUUUUUCUCUCACAUAAUUUCAUUUUGAAGCAGCUGUCCAGAUGCUGUCUAACGCCUGCUCCAAUAUAUUGGCCAAAUUUGCUUUCCCAAAUUUUCAGUCACUAUAUAAGCCAAAAUGAAAGUGAGACAUUUUGAUUAGUGCUAGUGAAGUGUAUCUCUAGUUUCCUUGAUUCUUCUUUGUGAUUCAACACAGCUACCUCAGAUUUUGUCUGGUUUGGGAUAGUUAUACAUUUAUACAUGUUUCUUUUUUUUUUGAAUGGCUAUCAGCCAGGAGUUAUAUAGUUUUAAAUUGCUAUUUUAUUGCACACUGAAUAAAUGUAUAUGUUGUACCCUAUGGGUUGUAGCAAUAAAUCAUAACUAAUUGAUAUAAACUAGGCAGAUUUUGAAGCCCACACGCGCUCUUUCUUUUCCUCCUCCCCCGUAAAGAUAUGUUUAUUCGCUGCUGUGGCCAAAAGGUGGCGCUGAUGACGUUUUUAUCUGUCAAUCGUUAGAUAAUAGGUUUUUAAGCGAGUGUAAUAUUCCUCCCCCCCCCCUUUUCUUCUUUUUUUCCUCGCUCCAUUGCCCCAUAUUGGACAAUAAACAAGAGAGGAAAAACGGAAAAGAGAGAAAGAAAGAGAAAUGGGGGGGGGGAAGUGUUACCGUACUUUAGAUGCUAACUCCGUCUCUCCCUCCCUGCCUCGAGGAAGCCGGAAAAAGAAACAAAUAGCAGCCCCCCCCCCCCUCAAUCCUUCAGCAUGGUUACAGAAAAGCGGGUCGCGGGGUGCAAAUGGGGAAGAGAAAAGCUGCAAUAAAGCCGAAUAAAGGUCCCGCACACCUAGCUCCAGCGCGCCCCGGUUGCCCUCCGAACCUAAGACUUCAGAGCCAUAAUUGCUCGCGCGGUCGGCUGCAAGCAGCCCGGGCGACGUUGUGUGCGUGUGUGCGCGCGUGAGCGUCGGGUGUCGGUGAGUGUGUGUCGGUGUGCCUGGGGACCAGCCACCGCGUCUGCCCGAGCUCAGCGCCAGAGAUGCCGCCAACCUCUCCUUUGCAAAUAACAAUGUGGCAUUUUCGUCCGGGGGGGAGGCGUCCGAGCCUUCUGCCUUCUUCCCCGUCAUAGCGGAUUGUGUGCGGGGGCAUAUCUUUUACAUAUCAAGGCGGGUCGGGGGAGGAGAGAAGGCCCGAGAUCAAGAAGAGGAAGAAAAGGACGAGGGAGUAAAUGCGUGCUUGGAAACAGUCGUGCCAGCAGUAACACAACAAGGGGGUGGUGGGGUGGGAAAUCAGCAAAAAAGAAACUUAUGGAAGAAUGAAGGAGAUGGUGGGCGGCUGCUGCGUCUGUUCUGAUGAACGCGGCUGGGCUGAAAACCCCCUGGUCUACUGUGAUGGGCAUGGCUGUAACGUGGCGGUGCAUCAAGCAUGCUAUGGAAUUGUUCAAGUUCCCACUGGACCAUGGUUCUGUCGAAAAUGUGAAUCGCAAGAAAGAGCCGCCAGGGUGAGAUGUGAGCUAUGUCCUCAUAAAGAUGGAGCACUGAAGCGGACUGAUAGUGGAGGCUGGGCCCAUGUUGUCUGUGCUCUAUAUAUCCCUGAGGUGCAGUUUGCGAAUGUUCUCACUAUGGAGCCUAUUGUCCUCCAGUAUGUGCCCCAUGACCGCUUCAACAAGACUUGUUACAUCUGUGAAGAACAGGGAAGGGAGAGCAAAGCAGCUUCUGGAGCCUGCAUGACUUGCAAUCGUCAUGGUUGUCGGCAAGCCUUCCAUGUUACCUGUGCUCAAAUGGCUGGACUUUUGUGUGAAGAAGAAGUCUUGGAAGUUGAUAAUGUGAAAUACUGUGGCUAUUGCAAGUACCAUUUCAAUAAAAUGAAGACAUCACGCCAUUUUGGAGGUGGUUCUUUUAUUGGAGGAAGGAGGAGUCGGUCAGCAUCCCCUACACAAGAGAAGCAUGUGUCUCAUCAUGAGAAACCAAAGAAGAGUCGAAAAGACAAAGAAAGGCCUAAACAGAAGCACAAGAAGCAUUCAGAAAUUGAAGCCACAGAUCUCACACUGUCUUCCACACCCAUAGUUACUGAGAAGCAGAGCUCCACCAACCACCACGAGAGCAGUAAAGAAGCCUCAGAGAUCAUCAGGUCGGAGGUGAAAGGCAAAAGAUCUUCAAGCCAUGGCACAAGCCACAAAACCAAGAAGUCUGGAAGUGGGAAAAGCUCUAUAGGUUUUGGCUCAUCUUCAUCCAGUGUAACAUUUCCACCAGCAGGUACCUCAUGCAGCUCCUUGCCCUUCUCCCAGGACUUUGUAACCUUUCCAAAGCUUGAGCAGCAGCCACCUGAGGAAGAGAAAUACCACAAACCUAUCUCUUCAUCCUCGUCUUCCGCCCACUGCUCUCCAUUGUCUGAAGGGCAGAAAAGUGAUGUCUUUGAGCAGAAGGUGAUCUUUUCAGGUUUUGGCUCCAUCAUGCGUUUCUCCACCUCAGCCGUGAGUCAGCAGAGGGGACGGGAUGCUUCCCCUAUGGACUACAAGACCUCCAACUCUACUGGUGGCACCCCAAGUGGGAGUGGUGGAGUCAGCAGUGGCAGCAGCCACAAGCGCAUGCCGUCUCUUAGUGGGGAAGACGUAGAGGUCGUGAAAGAAAAAAAGCACAAGACCAAUAAGAAAAGCAAGCAUGGACCAGGAAGGCCCAAGGGUAGCAAGAAUAAAGAAGUGCCAGGUACCCAACUGGUUGGCCCUCCAGCUGCCUCUUCUUUGCCUUUCUCUGGGAGUUCCCUGGUCAGCUCCAGCAUCAGUGGGUCUUCACGUUCAUUCAGCCAUGGAUCCACCCUUCCAAGCCUCAGCCUAGAAUCACCACUUAUGGGAUCAGGGAUCUAUACCAGUAACAAGGAUCCCAUUUCUCACGGGGGCGGGUUGCUGAGAACUGUGUGCAGCACUCCCCUCUCCUCUAAUCUUCUGCCUCACCAAGGCACCUCAUCACUCCCCCAGCUCACCCGCUCACCUUUUGCUGGCACCAUUCCAUCCUCCUCCUCUUCCUCCGUCUCUACUACCCAGGUCUUCUCACUGGCAGGAUCCACAUUUAGCCUCCCUUCCUCACACAUUUUUGGAAGUCCCCUCACCUCUGGACUGUCGUUAAAUCCUCUGCUCAACCAACCUGAAAACAACAGAACAGAACCAGAUUUGGAAGACUGCAAUUUUGCUUGCCGAGGGUCAUCACCCCAAGAAAGUCUUUCUUCCAUGUCUCCCAUCAGCAGCCUCCCUACUCUCUUUGACCAGACGGUAUCAACUAGCAGUGGACAACUGGAAAAUGUCCCCCAGGCCACACCAAACAUUGAGCAGCUCCUGGAGAAACAGGGCAAUGGAGAAGCUGGUGUCAAUAUUGUAGAGAUGCUCAAGGCACUUCAUUCACUACAGAAAGAAAAUCAGCGCCUUCAGGAACAGAUCAUGACUUUGGCAGCUAAAAAGGAGCGCCUGCAGCUUCUAAAUGUUCAGCUCUCUGUUCCCUUCCAAAUGGUGACCACCAGCAAUGGCCCCCCAAGCCAGACCCAAUACAUCCUAGCUCCCAACACCUACAACAGUGACUCAUUUAGUAUCAGCAAGAGCUCCCCAUGCAAGAAUAGUUUUGGUAUCGAGAAUGCACUGUCCACUUCCUCUGAGGAUCUUCAUUCAGGAUGCCCAAGCAGGAGCAGCUCUUCUCUGUCUUUCCACAGCACACCACCACCUCUGCCCUUGCUGCAGCAAAGCCCUGCCUCCCUUCCUCUAACUACUGGGGUCCAACAGCAGCCACCCCCACCACCAGUGAAUGGCCUGAGCAGAGCUAUGGGGACUGUUCAUGGGGGAAGUGCCACAGCUACUCACAGCCUUGUGGAUGGUCUCCUUGGCAGCCUGGCAGGAGGGCAACAGGUCCCCCUCAAUGGCAUCCUAGGAAGUUUAAAUGGCACUUUGGCCACCCAGACCCAGAAUCCAGUACUGGCACAAACCAGUGGUCACCCUGGUCUGCAGCUCUCCAUGAGCCAAAGCAGUAUACCUAAUGUGACUCACUUGUCAGAACAGCAGCGGCAGCUGCUCAGCCAGCCUGAGCUGCAAUUGCAGCAGCUCCUAACAUCGCAGCCACUCAACCCGGAGCAGCAGACAUUGAUAUUCCAGAUGAUUCAACAAAUUCAGCACAAAAGAGAAUUGCAGCGGCUCCAGAUGACCGGUUCCUCCAUGACUGGCCUUGGCCCAGUGACCACCACGUCCCUUCUCCACUCCAGCAAUAAUGCACCAUCAGCUGCCAACAGUGCUCUCCUGGCCUCCAUCUCCCCUCAACAGCUUAAUCCUGCCAGCUCACUGAUGGCUUCCCCACCGCUCAGCACCCCUGGGAACAGCCUGAUGUCAGCAGCAGGAGCUGUUAUUCCACCUGUCCUCACAGCCCAAACAAACCCUUUCCUCAACCUGCAGGGCGACAGCAGCAGCCAGAAAGGAAUGGUGAGCAUCUUAUAAGAAGGCCAGAAGCAAGAGCAUAAAUGAAAAGGGAGGUGCCUCAGUGCAAGACAAAGGCUAACUUUUGGUGAUACUGGGCUGCUUUCUCUGCCAUAAGAAAACAGUCUCCUUGAACCUUGGAUCCCAAAACGUAGAGCAACCAUAUGAAAGGCUUCCGAGAAAGUCUUCCUUGCCACAGUCACAGUGACGCCAAGCGGAGGCAUGCCAGAAGUCUACGUUCCUCGGUUCUGAGCCUGUCAUUUAGUGCCCUUCUAAAAGAGACUGGUGGUGUGAACACCUCCUUUCCCUUGUUGGCUUGGUCUAUUCUUCUGCACUUAAGUCAUAAAACGUUGCACUUCAGAUGGAAAGGAUGAAGCAAUGUUUGCCAUCCAAGAAUAUCCCCUCAAAGAUGGGACAUAUGAGCUGGACACAACCACAAUCACCUGGUGAUUAAUGUUAUUUUUGCAGAGCAUGUUAUUUCCAAAUCAGGAUUAAGAAAUCCAUCAAUAUUCCCCUGUAAGAAGAUCCAGCUACAGCACAACAGGAUCAGAUGUUUUUGAGGUUUCCAAUAAGUAACUUGGAAGGGUUGGAAAAGUGGUAUUUGGAGGUCCAUGUACAUGAAUCCUACACAAAGGAUUUCACUCCCAUAGGCAUUUCAAAUGUCUACAUCUUAACUGACACCUGCUGAGGUACAAUUUAUCUGGGAAUGAAAAGCUAAUCCUGCAUAACUGAGAACAGUUACCUUGGUUUCCCCAAAGCUCUGCCAGCCACAUGUCUUAAAAAAAAACUACCUGAAGGAAAUGGCCUCAUUUUCUCCAUCUUUGACCAAGGGACUCAUCUUUCUGUCCUUCAGAAGUCUUUGCAGAUAGUGUAUGCUUACCAAUAAUCCAGAGUUGGUGCUGAGCUAUUUCCAGCCACUCAGAAAGAGUUUCUUGUUCUCUGUCACAUCAACCACUCAAAAGCCCAACACCAAAGAGGCAGAACAAAGGUUUUGUCUAAUGGCAGGAGCUAUUCCAACCAUCUCCAAAAUCAGCUGGUAAGAACAUCUUUCCUGUGAAACAGAUCUCACACAUAUCCCAUCUAAGGAGAAUACAGGUCUUCCCAUCACUGGAAGAUCUAUUCCCAUCUCCUUUUUGUAACCAGAUGGUUUAGCAACAGUAUGAAUUUCCUUCUCCUUCCAGGGAUUGGGGGGGGGGGGGGAUGAAAUGACAGCAAGAUCAGAUAUUCUGAGGAAACCAGCUCAAUUUUGUCUUUGUUGGAUAAAUCCAGGUCUCUUAAAAAGAAAGAUUCUGGGUAAUAGAAUCACCUAGGGCCUUUCAAAGUUUUCCUACUUCCAUAAAUAUACAGUCAUUUUAGGUUUAUUCUUGCCAUCUGCUACAAUUUGCACUAUUUUCAACCACUGGUGGUGAGCAAGUACCAGUACUUAUGAUACCAUAAUAACCACUGUUGUAUAAAAUAAUGUUUGGGAGAUUUUUCCCUAUUGUUUGAACAAAGCAACAGUAUCUAUCAGAUAGAUGAGUUGGAGUCUUAAAAAAUAAGACACCGAAGCAACUUUUCAUGAUGUUUUUUCUUUGAUUUGUUUUAUUUUAUUCAGACAGAUACGUUUAGCUCCAAGCUUUGAGUUUGUGUGUGCACACUUACCCACAAUUUAAAGGUUUGUUUGUUUAUUCUUUUGAAGUUGUUUUACUAGCUCCUAAAAACUGUCAAAAACAAUAAAUUUUCCAAAUGACAACUGGGAAGUUUUCUUUCCAAUCAUGGCAGCUUUGGCACAGGUUAAGGAGCAGAUUGAACACUUGACUCACAUUUCAACUGAGUGUAAACAUAGUUUUUUUAAUCAGAAAACUAAGCCAUCUCAAUACACUUACUCUUUAGAUAGCCAACUCAUCUUUAAAAUCUAUCCAGACCAGUGCAUUCCGGUUUUAUUUUGUCCUUCAUUAGCAUGUUUAUAGUAUUUUUUUUGUCCUUAUUCAGCUGCCAUAAUACACAAUGGCUAUGAGUUAUGAUGGAAGUACUUUGAAGUGGAGGCUAAAUCCAACUUUUGUUCCCCUUUUCAGGCGACUAAUGGGCAGUAUCUCCAGAAUUCUUAUUGCAACCUGCAACCACAUUGCAGAAAAUUGUUGUUCUAUAGCACCAGCAAAAUUGAUAAUCCUAUGACUUUUGUCUUCUUAUCUUGGCGCUGGGGGAAAAGAUUUUUUACAACUACAACUUCUCUGCUAGAAUUGCAAAUAUGAUUUUUUAAAAAAUAUUGCCAUUAAUAAAUGCUUGAUAUAGUGCUGCACCAGAAGGAGUAGUAGAGCAAAUUGAUUAUUAAAAUAUUUUGGAAAAGAGUUAUUUAAAUAUACAAAAGCUGAAAAUAAUUACCAUUCUAUCUAAAAUAUUGUGGAGGGGGGGAUACUUUUCUCUGCAAUGAGAGAGAAACUAGACAUUGCAAAAGAAAAGGAAUGUUCAACCCCAUAUUUUCAUUGUAAUAAUUAGUGGAUUGGGAAAAGGCAUUUGGAGAAGAGAAUUAAAAGUUGGGAAGGAACUGUCCGUGUGAUACUGCACAUUUGCUCAUUCAAGGCUUGCAUUCUAAAAUCUGAUAUUACUGAUUUCUUGCUAGCCCAUAAAGCUUUUGUAGGGAUAUUUUUUUUCUCCUUUAAGGCUUUUUCUGUUUGUAUUGUGCUUUGAGCCACAAGGUGGAUAAUCUGUAUUCCUCCAAAUAUUGGUGAACAUUAAUUCUCAGGAACCCUAUUCAAUAUAAUCUAUUAUGGACAAUGCUGGGAUCUGUGGUUCAGGAUCACCUGAAGAACCUUAUGUUGAGGAAUGGCACAGUUCUACAAAGCCCUCAUUGCACAAGAUCACAACACUGCAUUUGGCCAUGUUUUGUGACUUUAAGUGCUCGGAAAGUGGGAGGUAUCAAUCCGCAGUUGAGCUACCAUACAAAAGUUGAAAAAAGUUUUAACAUCAGAAAUAUAGUUCAUCUUUACAUUUAUAUACUAUGUUUCCUAUGGAAACAUAAGUUGAAAUACAUAAAAAUCACCCCUUUCUUCACAUAACAAAAGUAUGAGAUAGAUUGGAAUAGUCUGCUAUUGCUAUUGGUCUAAAAUUAUCCACUGAAGUUUAUGGUGAAAGGAGAACUUGAACCUGAGUUUUCAUAGUCCUGUCUAACACCUGAACCAUUAAUCCACGAUGGCUGAAUGAAUUGAACUGAAAAUCAAUAAUGAAUAGAUAAUUCAGUCUUUGGGCAGCAGUUGAUACUAAGGCUGAAUUCAAUUCGUGAUCCUUUGUAUCAAAUGUUCCUGAUCGGCAAUUCAUCUGGCUAGAGACACAAUAGUUUAGAUUGUCCCACCUGAUAUCUAUAGGCCAAAGUAGAGGACAUAGAGAAGGGCAGGAGGAAGAAUCACAGCCAAGGCAAUAAUCAGACUGGCAUAUUUUGAACCCUUUCCAUCAAGUUAGUUUGAGUUAAUAUCUCAGUCUUUCCCUAGUAUGAAGGUAAAGUAAGGGAGGGGAGAAGCAGAUACAGACUUGCAGGUUUCUGUAAUUAUAGCUGUCACAAUAAAACUAGCCCUGUCCUAUAGGGGUUUGGAUUUGCCUUGAAGGGUUGCCAUCCAUGCAGUAUCCCUAUUGAGUCCCCAAUGAAUUGUAAGUGGCAGAAUCCACAGGACAGAAUUAUAUACAUGACUCAGUAAUACUAUUGCUUCUUGCACUCAAGGCUACACAUUCAGAAACACAGUUAGGGUAUAUUUAAGACAUGUCUGCACCCAAAAGAUCAAUUAGAUGCUUUCUGAAAGCGUUCUAAGAAUAUUCCAUUUUUGCGGGGGUGGAGGGUUCCAAAUUUUGCAUCUAAGAUGCAAAACUCCAGAUCACUACUGGAUGGGAAAAAAGUGUACAUAUUUACUAUCAUAUAGUGGUAUCUGGAUUUUUGAAGCCUGAAUCUGACAGCCCUACUACUUCAUGACCAGAAAGGUUCCUAGCAUAUUAUAUGGAGGAGUAAAUAAACAGCUGGUGCUUAGUGGCAAUUUGAAAGGCUGAAAAGACCUUUCUUUGAUAAUCUAAGGAAUAAGUGCUUUUACAAAGCUCCAUUUCUCUUCCCACGGAGAGCUCGGUACAGCAAUUUCCUUCAGCAAUAGAAACCUUGUGGAGCUACGUUAGACAUUUUGGCUGUAUAGACAUUCUAUUUACAUUUGAGAAAAAAGUUAUACUGUGCAUCAAGGAAAAAGCCAUCUUGGAGGUUAGGCUGGCUUGUGGAACAUUCUGGAAUACCACUUCCUUGUCUCUCCAGGAAUACUGUAUGUAACACAUAAAAAUCAAGUGCAAUUCUGAAAAAGUCCCAAGCAAGCACUA